UCAGAAGCCCUGUGGGAUUUUUCUCCCCUUUUGGCUAGGUUAAAGGGUACUGCAAACUAGGGGCUUUCUGAGGGAGAUCACUCUGGGUCUUCUCACUGGUUUUUCUGUAGUUUUCAGGCAGCUCAAAAUGGCUGGUCCACUGGCUCAGGUGGGUUGAGGUGGGGGUGACAGGAGUUGUCACCUGGGCUUCACUUCUGUGGAGGAACCUACUGAUUGGGCUACGUGCGAGUGGUGUGCAGUCAUAUUUAUUUGUGUCACCACCAGGGUGUCCUGUUGGACUCUCCUUUCAUCCUCUCCCAAGGCAGCUGGUUGGUGUGGCUUUAGCAGUGGGUGGCCCUUCUUUGGAGGAUCCUAAAGACUUGGAGUGGUGGCUGCGCCGCUGGUCGCUGGGUGGCCCUGCGAAUUGUCUGUCGGGUUCUUGAGAACUCAAAAUGUGGAGAUAAGGCUGGUUUUCGCUCGAGGUUGUUGAGUCGGUCGCCGCGCGGAGCCCUCCGCCCUGGAGAGGCCCUCCCGGCGUGGCCUCCAGGACGAGCCUCUCUCUUGGUUGUCUGUAAUGGCCACCCUCCCUCCCUCCGCAGACACGCGCCGGCAGACGACAGGAGGAGCGGCCAGCGGGGCUGGAGGCUGCGGUGCCUUUGUGCCUUUCCUCCCGGGGCUCGAGGAGCCUUCACAUAAAUGGGUCCAGUCAUGCCUCCCAGUAAGAAGCCAGAAAGCUCAGGAAUUAGUGUCUCCAGUGGGCUGAGUCAGUGUUACCGGGGCAGUGGUUUCUCCAAGGCCCUGCAGGAGGACGAUGACCUCGACUUCUCUCUGCCUGACAUCCGAUUAGAAGAGGGGGCCAUGGAAGAUGAAGAGCUGACCAAUCUGAACUGGCUUCAUGAGAGCAAGAACUUGCUGAAGAGCUUUGGGGAGUCGGUCCUCAGGAGUGUCAGCCCUGUCCAGGACCUGGACGAUGACACCCCCCCAUCCCCUGCCCACUCUGACAUGCCCUACGAUGCCAGGCAGAACCCCAACUGCAAACCCCCCUACUCCUUUAGCUGCCUCAUAUUUAUGGCCAUCGAGGACUCUCCAACGAAACGCCUGCCAGUGAAGGAUAUCUACAACUGGAUCUUGGAACAUUUUCCGUAUUUUGCAAACGCACCUACCGGGUGGAAAAACUCAGUGAGACAUAAUUUGUCUUUGAAUAAGUGUUUUAAGAAAGUGGACAAGGAGAGGAGUCAGAGCAUUGGGAAAGGGUCAUUGUGGUGCAUAGACCCAGAGUAUAGACAAAAUCUAAUUCAGGCUUUGAAAAAGACACCUUACCACCCAUACUCUCCCGUGUUCAAUACACCCCCCGCCUCUCCUCAGGCAUAUCAAAGCACAUCGGGUCCACCCAUCUGGCCGGGCAGUACCUUCUUCAAGAGAAAUGGAGCCCUUCUGCAAGAUCCUGACAUUGAUGCUGCCAGUGCCAUGAUGCUUUUGAAUACUCCCCCUGAGAUACAAGCAGGUUUUCCUCCAGGAGUGAUACAAAAUGGAGCACGGGUUCUGAGCCGCGGACUGUUUCCUGGAGUUCGGCCUUUGCCCAUCACUCCCAUUGGAAUGACAGCAGCUGUGAGGAACGGCCUGGGCGGCUGCCGGCUACGGACUGAGAGCGAGCCGUCGUGCGGCUCCCCGGUGGUCAGCGGCGACCCCAAGGAGGACCACAACUACAGCAGCGCCAAGUCCUCCAACGCCAGGAGCACCUCGCCGGCCAGCGACUCGCUCUCCUCCUCCUCGGCCGACGACCACUACGAGUUCGCCACCAAGGGGAGCCAGGAGGGCAGCGAGGGCAGCUUCCAGAGCCACGAGAGCCACAGCGAGCCGGAGGAGGACGACCGCAAACACAGCCCCAAGGAGGCCAAGGAGGCCCUGGGGGACAGCGGCUACGCGGCCCAGCACAAGAAGCGCCAGCACUUCGCCAAGGCCCGGAAGGUGCCCAGCGACACGCUGCCCCUCAAAAAGAGACGCACGGAGAAGCCCCCCGAGAGUGACGACGAGGAGAUGAAAGAGGCGGCGGGCUCACUCCUGCACUUGGCAGGGAUUCGGUCCUGUUUGAAUAACAUCACCAAUCGGACGGCAAAGGGGCAGAAAGAGCAAAAGGAAACCACAAAAAAUUAAAAACAAGUCACUGAUUUGUUUUGGACUUUCGGCCAUUUGGUUUUAGCAUGUCAGGAGAUUUCUAAUGAUUUGUGGCAAUAUCAGCAAUUUAGUAUUUUUUUUCUUUUUCUUUUUUUUCUUUUUUUUUUUUUUUGGGUUUGGUUUCUUUUCUUUUCCUUCUUUUUUUUUUUUAAUUUGCCCCUUCUUUGUUUUGGACCCUUAAGAAUUUUAUUUUUAAAGGAGAUUGAAGCCAUAGAACUCAUAUUGACACUCAGCUGUUUUACAAAAGCUUUUCAUUAUCUGAAGACAAAACCGAAAAAGCCAAAAUUACCAUUGCUUCCUCCAGCUUUUGUCUCAGAAACACGUGGCUGAAUCCGCAGGGAUGCCAACGAUCAAGCCACGGGAACACACAUUCGGCACCUAGAAGGCACAAAGUGGGCAAAGUAAUCAUCGAUCAGGCCCAACCCUUAGGUUUAAAAGGUCAGGGUGGCCACACCCAGUUGGGGUCGCUGAGUGAAUGGGUGUAAGGCGACUGGGACAAAGAAGAAUCCUGGUCCCCUGGGAGCAGACCCAGGCUCGUAGCGCUGGGCGUCCAACUGCACCAGGAGAACCCUUGGCCUUGCCGUGGGUUUCAUUGCCAUGAAGUGUGCAGGGGCGGGUGGACAGAGCGGGGCUGUCUCCAGUCCUUUGUGCUUCUUCUCUGUGAAGCCCAGUAGCAUCUUAGAAGAUGGACACGCUGGACCACUCCUCUUACACCAGGUGUCAGUGACUCAUCAUGAGAAGAAACUGGGUCAGUUUUUAGUGAUGUUGCUCAUCAUUGAAUUUUGUUCUGUAUUAAAUUAAGAGAAUGUUCCACAAGCCAUAAGCCUGAAGGUUGGCCCUGCACACACACACACACACACACACACACACACACACACACACACACACACACACAGGAGAGAGAGAGAGAGAGAGAGAGAGAGAGAGAGAGAGAGAACUGAUGCAGAAAAUAAGCUAUGUCUUCUUAACUGCCCAAGUGAAAAUCAACUCCAGGAAAUUACAAUCGCUGUUAAGGAAGAAAAUAAUGGUACAGAUCUUUGUCUGUCUGUCAAAACUAUUUGAUUCUAGUGAAAAAAUGAAAAGCUACAGAACCUGCCAUUAGUAUUGUGGUGUAUUUUUCAAAGAUUAAAGGCACAUUGAUGGACAAACAAAGUGAAAACAUGGCAAAAACAAAACAAAAAACUCCUAUACCGCCCUCAAAAUGGAGUUUGCAAUUAAUGUCAGUCAGGACUCAUCUUUGCAAAAUCAGUGAUUUCCACAUUCAGCCAGUGUAGCCAGCAGAAAUUUCUGAUCCACAAUGCAUGGAUUCCUUUGAAAAAAGAAAAGAAAAAAAAAGAAAAAAAUCACAAAACACAAACUUUUUUUUAUUCAAAAAUAACAAAGUUCUUGUAAGGUAAAUAAUGUAUUUAGCAUGAAGCAUGAAUUAUUUUCAUAUAAAUAUAGAAAAUAGAGAAAAGGCUAUGCCUCUAAUUUUUAAGCCCUUAGGCUUAGAGUUUCUUUUGGUUUUCUCUUUUUUUUUUUUUUCCUUUCUUUCUUUUUUUCUGUUGUUUUUUUUUUUCCCAAUUAUUUUGUUUUGGUUUUUUGAAGCAGGUGUUUAAGGUUUAACCUUCUUCAGGGACAAAUUCUGACUGUUGGGGAAUCUUACUCUGCAAUAUAAAAUAUCUUCAUGUUCUGGUAGGGCCUGGAUGGUGGAGCUCUGUACUGCCUUGUCUGCACUUCAGCCCCCGACCCCCUGGUUCUCUGUUGAAAAGUGUGUCCUUUCUCUUUGUCUGUACAUGUUUAUCAUGACGCAAUAAUUUGAGGGCAAACUUAGUAGUGAGUGUGUCUGAUAGAAUCAAGAGAAUUAUGGGACGCUGACUUGAGAAAACCAUUACCGUGAUUUGGUUCUAGCAAAAAGGCAGUGAAUAAUUAUGCAAAUUCGCCAGAAGAAGGGGAAGCACGCUAAUGGGCCUUAUUGGAUGAGGGUGUGAGUUAGGGUACACGUGAAGGAGGAAGUGACAUGGGUGUUGGAAGGACCAGCCCCAGACGGUUUUCCUGUGACGCCAUCUCACAGUGGGAAGGAGGGGCCGGCCACCUCUGCCACCUGAGCACAGGAACCAACCUGGAAUUAAGCCCACCUAGAUGAUGAGAGCCGAAUUUAGACAACCGGACGAUGUCACGCAGACCAGAAACUCUGUUAUCUUUGCCUCAAAGAAAUUAUCUUGGGAGAUCCAGAGAGCAAUCUCUGAAAGAAUAUGAUUUUCCACCCACACGGAGGGGAAUUUUAAAACACAAACAGGAACACCCACUACCGGGGCCCAGGAUGUGGUGGUGAGGGAGAGCGAGGGCAGUGGGGAGACGGUGAUCUUUAAAGACAGGACGGUCGCGGGCCAUCGUGGAGCCCAGCGGCUGGUGGCAGCCAGGACAGAGGGAAUGAACUGGCGCAGACCCUGCGCUUUGCUUCCUCUGGGUUGCUGAUAAGAGAACCUGGGGGAAAAAAAAAAGUCUACGCCCAUAUGACAGGUCAAGUUCAGGACCUGAACCUGAAUACUUCCAGCCUGUUUGUUCUGGGCGUAGAUGGGAAAGGAUGUUAUCACUGAAGUGCUCCGUUCCCUCCAUCCGCCCAAGUAUCUCAGCUCCGGAGCCUGAGCAACGCUUUGAUGUAUGUUGUCACCUGACCAAGCCCGGAAGACACCCCUUCGGCCCCCCCACCCCCCUCCCCAGGGUAAAGUUCAGACUUCCCUCCCAAAAGGCAGAGGCGGACAUCCAGGACUGUUUCUGGUGGGGACUUCUUCCAGUCAAAACCCCCACAGUGGGCUGUCUCCCCUCAUUUCAUUUUUCUAAAGGAGCAAAGGCCUCUUUUAGAAAAUAAUAAAAUGCAAUGUGUGUGAUUUACUUUUCUGAUCUCUUUGAGAAAUAGAUAAAUAUCUUAUAAAAGUGCGUUCUUAACUCCAGAACCACUCUUUUUGCAUAAAUACCUCAUCGGGCAGCUUUCUAAGUGUUAUUUUCCUGAGUCUCCCUCAGCGCCUGUGCAGGAGCUGCUGGGUGACUUCCAGGGGAAUCUUUAGUGAGGGUACUUUUUUCUAUUUUUCUUCUGUUUUUGGAGGCAUACACAUUAUGCAUAACCAAAACAAUGGCUCAAUUAUGUUUAACUUUGUAUUUUGAUUGUUGAGGAAAAAAAAAAAGUAUCGAUGUGUAUGUGGCCGUUUGUAGUGAAUUCAUUGCAGAAUGAGGUUGUCCGUGUCCUUGCCGAGCCAAGGGGCGGAGGCACCCUCUCUCACUCCCUCCUCCAAGAGCAGUAGAGGAUUUAAGCACAAGCCUAUUUGUGAAAGAAUAUUUUGCUCCAAUGUAAUUCACUUUAGUCUUGGAAUUACUUCCCAAACGUCAGGUGUUCUUUUAGCUUCCAAACUAGCAUAUGUAUUCAUGAGUCUGACAGAUCGCCUGAGCACCGUUCAAGGGGUGUGGUGUUUUUGCUUUCAUUUCUCCUGCUGGGAGAAGUGGCGUUUUCAUGUGUCAUUCCAGUAUCUCACGUACUCACAUGGGGCGGGGGGAGGGGGAGACGGGGAAUUAUAGCAAUAUUUAAAGAUGCUUUGGAGAACAACCAUGAACACAUCAGCACCAUGACAUCUACAAUUACUUGCUGUUGGCCCUCGGACACAUUUAAGAGAAAGAGACUGUAGCUCUUUUUUCUUAAAUGAUAUACACAUAGACAGUUAUUUUUAUGCUACUCUAAUUGUCUUUAAUCUUUAGUACUGCGUGGAAAGGGUCCGCAUCAUAGAUUUUUCCCAGCCUUAUUAUAUACCAUAAGCUCCUACUUCCCUUCCCUCUCUAAUCAAUAUACGUUUAAGAGUUCUUUGGUAAAUAAAGCUGUCUAUUUGAAACUCAGAUGAACCAAACCCACGUCUAGGUGGCGGAUUGAGAUGGCCAAGACGACUGCGGCAGGUUUCAGUCUUGGGGCUGAGUCUUCAAGAAGGGAUGUGUCAGAGGCUUUCCCAAGAGCUGAUUUUUCUCGGAGAGGCUUUCAGCGUGUCUGGUCCUUGCUGGGUGCUGCAGUAGCUACCACAGGGCAUUCUAGAGGCUGCCGUUGCACUGAAUGGCGUUCCUGCCCUAGGGACAACUUCAGGCUGGCAGCCCUGUAGAGUGAAAACCGUCCAGAUGGUUUUUGUGCCCAGCUCAGUCCUGGGACCCACUGGGACUGCCCAGCACCAAGUGCUACCAACUCAACGUUUCAGUGACCCCCACACUACGCAUGUGGGGUCUUAGCCUCUCGUUCGAAGGGCUUUUGGAGAAGGAAUCAGAGUUCUGUACAAGUGACCUACAUGGGAGGGUUUUCCAUAUGGGAUUGAGUUAAAUUCAAUGUGACUUCUCUUUUCCCUUUAAACUUGAUUCAGGUUGGGACUCGGUUUCUUUCUGGUGGAUCACAGCUGCCCAGAUGUUGCAAUUUAUUUUUAUGUUUCUGUAGAGAAGUAUUUUUCUUUCAUCUUCAGGAUUUUUGCCACCAAAAGAACACAUUUGAACUCUGUGUCCCCUCUUGAUUGUGACUUACCAGUGUUGACAGUUCAAUCCUUAGUGUCGUAGGUCCCAGCCCUCCAAUACUAUAUCAAACACUGUUAUGCACAUAACGCAGCACUGUGAUCUAAUUUAAAUAAUACUUUUUUAUUAUUUAUACUACUAUAUAUAAUAUACAUCAACACUUUUGCUAUAUAACCUAAGUGAUAACCCUCUUUUAGUUACCUGCCAAACUCGGGACUUUGGUUUAUAUUGCAGUUAACACAGUUACAAAGUUGUAAUGGUGUCUUUUUUUCCUUUGUAACGGAAUGUGUAAAUCAAAGUAUAUGCAUUGUGUGGUGUUCCUGUUUCUGGAGUUUCAUGAGGAUUUACACAUGGCAUUCAGUGUUCUGUAUAGACCCGCCUACCUUUGUGAAUUCAUCUGUUAACCCCUCUUCCUUCGAGAGAGCACCCGGAGGUGGCUAACUCCUUGUUUUCUCUCUCUUCUACUGGUUAUUCUUGAAUUAAGCACAGACUCGUCAGCUCGGUUGCUUUAUCAUGAAUAAUGCGUGUGACCUUGAAAUUCUUCCACAGUUCAGCAAACAAGUGCUAGCUUCACUGACCAAAAAUUAAGGAAGGAAAAUACGAUUUUCAAAACGAUCCAUCUUUUAACGGCCGAAACCGAUGUGUCUAUGGUGCUGCAUUUUGCUGUCUGUCCUACUUUUGAAAUCAGACCUAGGUGAAAGAUCACUUCUGACUUUACUGUGAUAUGCUCACAAGUACCCUUCCUGUUCGUUUUGUUAGCGUUGAAAUCAAGACUAUUUAUUUGGAAUAUAUUCAGCAGUGUUUUUCCACUGUAUUUCAUUUGCAAAAGUUGAGAACAGCCUUUCCUACCUUUUGCAAAUAACUGAUAUUCCAUAUUGGAUUCGCACAGACUUCGAUAUGGUGAGCCUGUCAAACCUACAAAUUGUAUUCAUCCUUUCAUUACUGUGGCCUGAGUUCCUCAACCCCCACCCCCUUUUUUUAGAUGAAACUUAGCACAAUUUCAGUUAUUUAAACAUGAAGCAUUUCUUGAGUAUGUAUGUCGAGGCCAUCGAAGCUCAUAGCUGAUUCAGUAACCAGUUUCAUGCUGUGUUAUUCACACUCACUACUGCCAUGGUGAAAUGUGGGGUGGGGGGGAGGAUCCGGGUGUGUCUGGGAAGCAUUAUACACUUGUACACUUUUUUAUACUCUGAUUCUGUAACAUUUCUGAGUUUCAUUUUUGUUUUACAGAAGAAAAAACAAAAAUAACAGUGAUAAAGCAAUCAGAAGACCAAGAGGUUUACUAUCCGUGCUUAGGGUCGUCUGCCCUUUGCUGGCCAAUAGCCCUACGUGGCCAAAUGAUAAUUGACUAGAGUAAUAAUUUUUCAAAAGCCAAUUUUUUUUUCUGUAUUUUCUGUAUGAAACUGCCAAUAUCAUGAAUAGAAAGGGAGAGCCGCACAGGAGAAAGAGUGAUGUUCAGUUGCGUUGGUGUCUCCUAAAGGAGCCGUGUGGAGGCAGGUGCGAUCAGCCGAACUUUAGGGACCUGACGGUGUUGCUUUGGAGGCGUCCAUACUUGCAUCUCGCAUUCUUCACGUGUAAUCAUAUUGCCAAAGACAAACUAUUUCAUCAUUUAUUGUAAAUAACACUUUCCCCCAGACCUACCAUGAAGUUUCUGUGAUGUAUUGUCUUCCAGUUGCAAUAAAAAGUACUGAGUUGCAUCAA